UGCGUGCCUCGGUUGGAUGGCCGGGAGGGGGUUGCUGUCCUCCCUCGCGAAGUGGAGCGCGCGCCGGGGUUGAGGCGAAGAGACAGGGAGGGGGAGUGGGUUUGGCGCAGGUGCGCAUGCGCCGUGGUGGUCCGAGGGGCGGUGUGGCUCCGUGACAGGCGACGCUGAGCCUGUCAAGGCCGGGGGAGCGCGGGGCCGCCGCCACGCCCCCUUCCUCUCCCCUUCACCGGGUUCCCUGCGGGGGCGGGGCAUGGACUGGAUCAUGGAUUUUCCAGGGCACUUUGAACAAAUUUUCCAACAGUUGAACUACCAGCGACUUCACGGCCAACUCUGUGACUGUGUUAUUGUUGUUGGGAACAGGCACUUCAAAGCACACCGUUCAGUUUUGGCAGCAUGCAGCACACACUUCCGCGCUCUUUUCACAGUAGCAGAGGGAGACCAGACUAUGAACAUGAUCCAGUUGGACAGUGAGGUGGUGACGGCAGAAGCUUUUGCUGCUCUCAUUGACAUGAUGUACACUUCCACUCUGAUGCUCGGAGAGAGUAACGUUAUGGAUGUGUUGCUGGCAGCUUCCCAUUUGCACUUGAACUCUGUGGUGAAAGCAUGCAAGCACUACCUUACCACAAGGACACUGCCAAUGUCUCCUCCAAGCGAUAGAGUUCAAGAGCAGAAUGCGCGCAUGCAGCGGUCCUUCAUGCUCCAGCAGCUUGGAUUAAGCAUAGUGAGUUCUGCAUUAAAUUCCACCCAAAGCACAGAAGAACAAUCCAGUUCUAUGAGCUCCAUCAGAAGUAACAUAGAGCAGAGGAGUACAUUUCCAAUACGACGUCUCCAUAAACGGAAACAGUCUUCAGAAGAGAGAGCUAGGCAGCGCAUUAGGCCUACCAUGGAUGAUUCUAUCAUGUCUGAUGUUACUUCAGAGAGCGCACAGGCUGUUGUUCAUUCAAGAGAUGAAUUUUUUUCCCCAGACUCACUGAAAAUUGUGGACAACUCUAAACCUGAUGGUGUAACCGACAACCAAGAGGAUAAUACCAUUAUGUUUGAUCAGUCCUUUAGUGCGCAAGAAGAUGCUCAAGUGCCCAGCCAGUCUGACAACAGCGGGGCCAAUAUUUCUCAAAUGUCUUUGGUGUCGCAAGCGGAAACUAGCUUUGAUCAGCAGAAUGUUUCCCAAAAAAACAAUUUUCAAUGUGAGAAUACAGAGGUUGGACUAAAUGAAAAAGAGCACAUGAGGGUAGUGGUGAAAUCUGAGCCUUUGAGUUCUCCAGAGCCCCAAGACGAAGUGAGUGAUGUGACCUCCCAAGCAGAGGGAAGUGAAUCUGUGGAAGUGGAAGGGGGAGGAGUCAAUGCUGAAAAGAUAGAACUGAGCCCUGAAAGUAGUGACCGUAGCUUCUCCGACCCACAGUCUAGCACUGACCGAGUGGGGGAGAUCCAUAUUAUGGAGGUAGCAAAUAAUCUGGAACAUAAGUCUUCAUUCAGUAUUUCCAAUUUUCUGAAUAAAAGCAGAGCCAGCAGUUAUGUUGCUAGCCAGAAUAACGAAGACAAUAUUCCAAAUACAACUAGUGACUGCCGCAUUGAUGGUGAUGCCUCUUACUUAAUUGGUCCAGAUUCUGGGCCAACAAAUGGACAUUCUUCUGCUACUGUCUCACAUGUUGAGAAUCCCUUCAGUGAGAGUGCAGACUCUCAUUUUGCCAGGCCUAUGCAAGAUGUUAUGGGUCUUCCUUGUGUACAGACGUCUGGCUACCGGGCAGCAGAGCAGUUUGGGAUGGACUUCCCAAGGUCUGGCUUAGGGCUGCAUUCCUUGUCAAGGGCAGUCAUGAGCUCGAGAGGUGGUACCAGUAACUUUCCUGGGUAUCGCCGCAUAGCUCCCAAAAUGCCCGUUGUGACCUCUGUUCGGAGUUCUCAAAUGCCAGACAACACUCCUAAUUCUCAGCUACUAAUGAAUGGGGGCUCAUCCUCUUUUGAGAAUGGGCACUCCUCCCAGCCUGGGCCCCCACAGCUAACCAGGGCAUCUGCUGAUGUUCUUUCAAAAUGUAAGAAGGCCUUAUCGGAACAUAAUGUCCUGGUGGUAGAAGGUGCUCGCAAGUAUGCCUGCAAAAUCUGCUGCAAGACCUUUUUGACCUUAACAGACUGCAAGAAGCACAUCCGGGUGCAUACGGGAGAGAAGCCCUACGCCUGCCUGAAGUGUGGCAAGAGGUUUAGCCAGUCCAGCCAUUUAUAUAAACAUUCCAAAACGACUUGCCUGCGCUGGCAGAGCAACAAUCUACCCAGCACUUUGCUUUAACUAUUACCCUCCCUCCUGCAAUGCCAAUAGGUUUUAAUAAGGCAUGGAGCUCAAAGGGUGAACACUUACAGUGUGACUGUGCCACACACAUUAAAACAAAGGCUUAGUUCUUUUCAAUACCUGUACCAUACCUACCUCACAGGGGUGUUGUGAGGCUUAAACAACUUUUUCAGAAGCGCUUUGGAAUUCUCCAACUCUGUCACAAAAGUAGUACUAAGACUGCAGCCCCUGGCACACUUGGGAGUAAGCUUGGUUGAGUUCUGGGAGAUUUACUUACAAGAAAAAUAUACCCGGGGUGGGCUUUGGAUAUCAUAUAUGAAUACAGUCCUAUCAUUAGUUCUCUGUGAGUAGGAGAAGGGCUGAAAGAAAAGCUAAUUAUGCAGCUAACACAUAAUUAACUAGCACAUUGCAAGUAUGAAUUGAAGUGCAAACUUUUUGAUUUUUUAAAAAAUGAUGUGAAAGCAUUUAUUGUAAAGUAGGUUGCUAUAUGGAGUGUGUGAAUAAUGUAACCAAGACCUCUUUAUUGUAAAAGACUGCAUAUCUUGAAGAUAAAACCACCUUUGCACCUCAAAGUGCUUUUGAAGUGUGUUAUAGAUUAACAUAGUUUUAGGGAUUCUGAAUGUAUUUUUGGUUGUUUUGCAGUAACAUACACUGUGUAAUGAAGGUGCUUACCUUGAGUCCAAUGCAAGUAACUUUUAGACUGUCUGAUAUAUGUAGGUGUGUGUAUAUACUUUUGAAUACAGCAAAAUCUCCUAGAUGUUUUAUAGUUUUCUUUUUGUAAUAUCUUGUACUGAAAAGUGUUGUGUGUUUAUGUGUUAUGCUUGGUAGUGUUUCUAAUCAAUUUGUAUUUCAUGUUAAAAUUCAACAUUAAGUCUUAAA